AUGAGCAUCGGGGGAGUGAUCUUUAUGCUCUGGCGCUUGUUUUGGGCCCUUUUCAUCCCCAUGUCAUUAUUGCUCUAUCUGUCGGUUUUCCUGGUUGCCAAACCUGGUCUCGAAUACUAUGCCUGGAGGCAGAACAAACAGGUCGCAGCGCUGAGAGAUCAACUGGCUGCGGCGAAUGAUAUGAAGCCCCUAGAACAGCAUUAA